UUAAAAUGCACGAAUUUCUUUUGUUUUUGAAUUUUCAAAAUGUUUGGGUAUUUGAAUUGUGUUGCUUGUCUACAAUAUGUUUGGAUAAUGCAAAUUAUACUUAGCUGAUACGUGAAGAAGUCUGUUUCAGUGAGAUUAUUGUGAUAUUAAUAUAAUGAAGCCGGGAAAAAGUUAUGAUGUCCAAGAAGAAAUUGCUGAGGUUCAUUCUAGCGCUAGAUCCCCAUCUCCUAAGGCAAAACACAAGGAGAGGUCGCGAAGUCGUUCUGGACCACGCAAAUUAUCCAAUGGCCAUGUUACAGAGAACGGUGAUGGACCCUCUCGUACGUCUGAAGAACCAGAAACGGCCAAAAUUAAAGAGAGUUGGACCAAGUCUGAACAAGAAUCUAUUGACACAGAGUUACCCAUUCAUGAUCAAAUUAAAAUGGAUAUAUUAGGUUUCGUCGAGAAGGAAAUUAAAAAAACUGACAAACCAUCAUUUGUUUUCUAUUCUCAUGAUCCAAAUGGCUUGGAUGAGAAGUUCUUGAAAACUAUGUCAAGACCUUCGAGUGGACAUAGAGAAAAACGUAGUCCAUCUUACAGAAAGAAAAAGAGACAUUCAUCAAAGCAUAGAGAUAGAGAGUUGCAUGAUUUUGAGGUACCUGGAUCUAGUCUGAUAGCUUUGGAAAAGGUGGAUGACUAUUUAAAGGAGUACAACAAGGAUGAAGUUGUUACAUUAAGUGGUGAACUUGAAAUAGAGCCACAUGAUGUUCAGAACAAUAAUGGAUUGUCUAGAGAUCUCAGGCAUAAGGGGCGGAAAACAAGAAGAAAAGCCAGGGAUGAAAGAAGUGAAAACUCGAUUAAAAAUGAACGAGAUAUAAGCCCAAAAGUUUUUAAAUCUGGAACUAAGAGUAAAUCCGCAAAGUCUAUUCGACCUACAGAUUUGACAUCCAUGCUGGAAAGCUUACAAUCGAAUGUACCAUAUCAUGAUCAAUAUAUUGACAAUCCGUUUUCAUCACCUUCACCAUUGACAUCACCAAAUGAUGAUCAUUUAAAUCCAUUUGGUUCUCGGAGACCUGACAAGAUAUACCUACAAGGUGGUGGAACAUUCAGAGCAGUAUCAAGAGAUAGAAUGCUUGAAUCACAACAAUCGAAAGACGAUGAAAAAUAUGCAAGAUUUGGUGAUGUGACAGCAUUAGAUGUGGCAAUAAGUGUCCAAAAGGCGUGGAGGUCCUGUGCACCAGCUUGCCAUGGAGUACUGGGUGGCUUAUCACUGAUGCAUCUGCUUCUGAUCAGUUACUCCGACAGCUUAGAUGCAGGACAUCUUUCUUUUCAUGCAGUGGUUACCAUGCCAUAUGUGUCAGCAUAUUAUUUCUUUUGUGUUCUGUGCUUAGUUUCUGUAUUGGACAGGUUAGAAGUUACAAGUGUAGACACAAUCCGUCGUCUCCAGCCGUGGUUCCAGCCAAUGGUCCUUGUGAUACUGUAUGCUGCUUGUCUUAUUAUCUGCACUGCAGCCAGGAGCUAUGACGAGUUGAUGGCCUUCCAAUACACAUCAUAUGUAACUAAUAUAACCGGGAACUUAACUGUGCCAACAAUACCAACGUUUUACAACACCUGGACUCACUUUUCAAUAUGGCGCGCGGUGGUGUCAAUACUUGGACUUGCUUAUUUUGUAAUAUCGAGCCCAAAGGACAUGGUUUAUGGAAAUCUACACAACCUCUUGCAAUACAAACACCCCUUGCAGAGCAUUGGGUGAAUUAUCGCGAAUAUUAUAUUGAAUUAUAGGUCAGGGUUAUUAAAACUUUGGAUAGUAAUUGUUUCGAUGGCUUUUUAAAUGGUACAAAAUUAUAUCAAUAGGAAUAUGUUUAAACCAAGCCAAUCGUAACUUUUACUAUUAAUACACAACUAAUGUUAUAUAAAGUUUAAUAAACCAUGUACAUAUAAAUAUAUAAAAACAGUAUUACUAAGGAUCUCAUAUAAUAAAAUAUAUAUUAUGUAUAAUUAAACUAGUCAUGUCCUAGUCUAGACUAUUAAAUAUUGGCCAAUAUUACUCCGGUUACUUAUAUAUUAAACAAAAAAUAUACUUACCUAAUGAUAGUUAUUUCUGAAGUCAUUGUAAUAAUAUGAAUGUUGAUUCCAUAAUUAAUAAGUAAUCCAUUGAAGCAUUUCUUUUAUUUGCUGCGUUUGGUUCAAAUUCAUUAGUAUGUUUCCAGAACAACAUGAAAGAAUAUCAUACAUGAAAAUUCCAAUAUGGCUGCCAGUAUUUUUUUAAUUAUAAAGUACAUAACCUACACGCUAAUAAUGAGUGAAAUGCCCAAAGAGAUGUAUAUGAACUGCUACUACAUAGUUGUAAAAAACUGUGUAUAAAAUUAAUGAUACUACUGUUCUUGUAUUUUAAUAUGAUUAUUUGUCUUUGUUGUUGAGCUUUUAGACAAUUUUUUUUAAUUGGAGGCAAUUGUGAUCUACUUAUAUUAAGCCAAUGUUGUCCUCAUACCAUUGACGUAUGAUGCAAUAGAUAAAAACUGUCUCUGACAAAAGUCACACACACAAACAAAAACACGUCGAGUGAGCAGACUUUUUAUAGUCAGUCAACUUUGUUAUGACGUAUUGACGUAUGAUUAGUAGUAAUAGCCCGCCAAUUGCGUGCGUGCGAUAUUGCACUUUAAAAUUGAGGGUUUACGACUGUAAACCCUCAAUUUAAAUAGAAUGUAUCUUUUUACAUUACCAGAAUUAUGUUAGAUAUACUAUUGUCUGUCUUGUUAGUAUUGUUAAUAUAUAUAUCGUAUAUGUGUAGUAUUGUGGUGAGAGCAUGUUCCAACCUGGAAAGUCCCAAAUAUAUCAUAUUGAGUUAAGAAAGAGUAAUAAUUAUUUGAUAUAUAUAUUAGUAUGAUAUAAUAUAAAAUUAAGUUAAGAGAUGAGGUAGUGACAGAUAUCAGAGAAUGGGGUGGUUUGUCAUAUAGAGGGGGGUGAAUGAAAGGAGAUUAACCGCACAAAUUUAUAAAGCCAAUGUAGAACACGCAUAAAGGUGGACAACGACCAGGUGUGGUGUGUAUUAAAAAGGGAUCAAUGUGGAAGAAAGUGUUGGUAAAGUGGACAACGAUAAGGUCGGGUGUGUAUUAAAAAGGGGUCAUUUUCUUUUUCACGUGCCUCUCUAUUACUCGAGGUCAGAAGUCAGAUUUUCCAAUUCGAAUUUUAAAUUGAACUCAUGUUGUUCAUGGCUAGGCGGAAUAUUUCUUGGACUGUCUUGAUGCCAGUCCACUCCCUUAUGAUUUUAAGCCAAGACUUCUUUCUUCUUCUAACAUCUAUAUAGUUUGCAGCAGGCGUUACCUAUAGUUGCGCAGUAUAUUGCGGGUCAGAUGAAGAAUAAUAAGAGAUCAUGUAUGAAAGGUUAGAUGUGAGCGGGAGAGGCCAGACGAGUAAGUGGGAACCACCGGGACUUAUUAUACCGGUAUUCACCGGAAAGCCCUCAAACAGUCCACUGAUACUCGGUCAGAAGCCCCUGGUCGCAUGUUUGUGUUUUCACUGUGCAUUUACAAUGAGUUGGUGGACGAGUGGACGAUAAAAAACGUGAUGGUCGAGUGUCGGGUAGCUGUAAUGGUCCAUGAAAGGUGAGUGAGGUAUGAGUGCUUAGACUUUAGACUGCAAUAACUUGUGAUAAAUUAUUUUUAUUUUCGAACGGCUUAAUAUAUCGGAAUGAUUGUAUCUUCUCUCUUGUAUCGGGGCUUCGCUGUAAAUCCCGAAAUAAGCAUACGAAAGAUUUAAGAGCAUAGCUGAGUACACAAUCAGCUGAAUAUCGAUACCUCAGUUCCAAGGUAACAAUUCAGAAUAGGGUUCCAAAAGAAAAAAACUAGUUGUUACUGUAUGACACGAAAAUAUUCUAAACUUGUGAAGAAAUAUACGAAGUAAAAACUUAACUGCAUUCUUUACUUGUUUCUCUGUGGUAAUGACGGGUUAUCGUUUAUGGAACAAUUUCUCAUACUUAUCGGAGACUUACUGAAUUUUAGACUUGUUAUUCUUUGGAACUGAGGUAUCAAAGUGAUCCCCACCGCUUAUGCUUUUACCGGCCUUUCGACUCUGUCGAUACGUUUUUUUUAUGCAACUGAAAAUGCUGCACAACAGUCGUUUAGUACCUACUUAAGUCUAAGAAAACUAAUGUCUAUGUAAUGUUUUUCAGUAUAAGUUUGUGUAUGAAAUAAACGCCAAUGUUUGUCCAAUGAAAAAUAUUAAUUAAAUAGUUUACUAUGAUACCUAUUACCUACAAAGUACAGAUGUGUAAUUUAAGUAAUUAUAUAAUAUUCUCAUAUUAAUUAAUAGAUAUAUUAUUUACAAUAGCACAGUGCCUUAAGUUACUCCAAUUUAUGUAUUUAAAUUUUCUUUUUCAUUAUUUUUUUACAAAUUUAUAAUAAUUCAGAAUUAAAUUUAAAAUGUUUUAAGAAUGUAUUAUCCAUAUUAUUUAAACUGUUACAAUUAUUAUAUAGUAUUGGAAAAAAAGAAUACAAUUAUGCAGAUUUUAGAGAGAAUGAAAAAGAAAGUUGCAUAUCGGGUCCUAAGGGUUGUUCGAAAGUGUCUAAAUUUAAACAAAUAGAAUUUAAAAGAAAAGGCGUAAAGAACUUCAUAACUGCCAGGAUCCCCGACGGCAAGUAUAUUUUUUUUGUUCAAUCAAAAUAAUACGAAUCGAGUAAUAUUUCUGACAGGGCCAUAACUAUUGGGAUAUUUACCUAGAUUUUUUUAGAAAAAUAAAUAUUAAAAAUUGUAGGUAACUACAUAGUCCCGUUGAGAUGUUGGCACUGUUAAUAUUCUCCGAAUUAAUUUGGUUUCCUUAAAGCUGUCCUAAUUUUAUAUUUUAGACUUAAUUGAUAUUAUUAAAGUAAGUGGAUACACUAUUGAUGUGAUCGUUAUGUAUGUAUGUGUAACAAAUGUGGAAAAUAAAAUGCCUAUUAUAAUAAUA